AUGAAAGAAAAUAAAAUUCAAGUUGAGUCACGAAAUGGACUUUUCCUUCCAAAAUUACCUCCUAAAAUAAAAGAAAUAAAUGAAACUACUUCAAAUAAAUUUUUUGAAUUAAAAAAAAUGGAAAUGACUGAUGACGCUCUUGGAGAAGUUUGUCAAAUGCUUAAUUGGACUUCAUUUUCUUUUGACGAGUAUAUGGAAGGAUUAAUAGCUCCUAUUCCGUUGCAACAACCUAUUUAUAAAGAGCCUAAAUUAUCAGAUUUAGUAAAUUUAGAUGAAAAUACAGAAGAGAUUGAUGUUAUCUCUCUUCCUGAAAAUUUCUGUCAAAUUCUUGAAGUUUGUGUGUUCUUUUUAUAUAUAAUCAAUAAAUAA